CUGCCCCUGCCCUCCUUAUCUCUCACCGUCUUACUGUCAAGUCAGACACUCAGGUCUCCUGCCAUCGUCCACACAGUUGUUUGCCGACUGCUGUUUGGGCUCAGAAGCAGAAGUCAAGUCAAGGAGAAUCUGCUCGGACCGAGGAGACAGUCAGGUGGCACCAGACAGGAAACCUCCUGAAGAGCUUGAGUGGCAAAUACUUGCCAGGGAGUUUCACAGAACUGAUUUACAAGAUCAACUACAAUGGGGAAUAGCAUCAGUAGCGCAUUAUCAAAGGAGAUCCUGGAGGACCUCAAGCUCACCACCAAAUUCACCGAACAUGAGAUCUCCCAGUGGUACGAGAACUUUCAGAAGCAGUGCCCGACCGGCCGCAUCACACCGGAGGAGUUCGAGCAGAUCUACAUCCGCUUCUUCCCCGACAGCGACUCCAAGAGCUACGCCCGGCAUGUGUUCCGCUCCUUCGACACCAACGAUGACGGCACCUUGGAUUUCAAGGAGUACAUCAUCGCCCUGCACAUGACCUCCACUGGGAAGACCACCCGAAAGCUGGAGUGGGCCUUCUCGCUGUUCGACGUGGACAAGAACGGAUACAUCAACAAGACGGAGGUGACAGAGAUCUGCCAGGCUAUAUUUAAGCUGAUCCCCAAGGAGGAGCAGAGCCAGCUACCGGAGGAUGAGAACACACCCGAGAAGAGAGCCGACAAGCUGUGGGCUUAUUUUGAAAAGAAAGACAACGAGCGACUGGCUGAGGGGGAGUUCAUAAAAGGAGUGAUUGAAAACGAGAAUGCGAUGCGUCUCAUCCACUAUGAACCGCUCAAACAGUAAAAGUCCAAAUCCUUCUCCGUCCCCUCGUCUUAUUUCUCUUCGUAGGCUCUUUUCCAUAAUUUUGAAACAUUCCUCAAACGAAAAAGCCUCAUACAUUUCCAUCCUCUUCAACCCACUCAACUCCUCUGUGUAAAUACUCCCUUCUGCAGUGUUUUGGUUGCAACAAACUUUCCCCGUGCAUGAUGUGAAACUGUUUUAUUAAUGUUUGUCAAUGUAUUUAUAUUAAAUAGAGGCCUAUAGAGGAAGAAUGAUGCCGUAGGGUUUUCGCAAAGUGUACAGACAAGAAAGAGGAAUAACUCUGGUGACUAUAUUAAUGCAGACUAUAUAUCUGGGGAAACCAAUUGUUAACGAGAUAUAAGAUUGUUAGCUUGUUUCAGCUUUUUUUACAGCGUGUCUCAGUGCAGGUGGUAGCUCACAAGUGUUCUACUCUAUUCACUAUUCAAUAAAUUAAAGGUUUUCUCAUACA